CAAGUCAAGUUUGGAUUCAGGAGCGCACGGCCACAGCGACGGCACCGGGGAAGACACGGAACAUUUCCCCAUGCUGUUCUGCUUUAUUUAUUUCUCUCAUUGAUUACACCGACUGCUGUCCUGGUCUUUUUUUCAAGUGAAGGCGAUCCCUUAGGCACACAGGAGGGAGAGAUGAAGCCGUUCUUGUGGUGGACUUUGCUGUUUCUUCUGAUUGAUUUUCAGACUAAAGACUGCCUCGCAUCCAAGGCGGAGGACCGGCUGUUCAGGAAGCUCUUUAGACGAUACAACCAAUUCAUCAGACCAGUGGAGAAUGUUUCCGACCCUGUUACUGUAGAGUUCGAGCUCUCCAUCUCACAGCUUGUUAAAGUAGAUGAGGUGAAUCAAAUCAUGGAAACAAAUCUAUGGCUCCGACAUAUUUGGAAUGACUACAAGCUAAGAUGGACGCCAGCAGACUUUGAUGGAAUUGAAUUCAUCAGAGUUCCAUCAAACAAGAUUUGGAGACCUGACAUUGUUCUCUACAACAACGCUGUAGGUGACUUCCUGGUGGAGGAUAAGACCAAAGCCUUGCUGAAGUUUGAUGGCACGAUCACCUGGGUUCCUCCUGCAAUUUUUAAAUCUUCAUGCCCAAUGGAUAUCACCUACUUCCCUUUUGACUAUCAAAACUGCUCCAUGAAGUUUGGCUCUUGGACUUACGACAAAGCCAAGAUUGACCUGGUACUCAUUGGAUCCAAGGUAAACCUGAAAGACUUCUGGGAAAGUGGGGAAUGGGAAAUCAUUGACGCUCCAGGCUACAAACAUGACAUCAAGUAUAACUGCUGUGAGGAAAUCUACCCGGACAUCACGUACUCUUUCUACAUCCGUCGCCUGCCACUGUUCUACACCAUCAACCUCAUCAUCCCCUGCCUCCUCAUCUCUUUCCUCACAGUGCUGGUUUUCUACCUCCCAUCUGACUGUGGAGAGAAGGUCACGCUCUGUAUCUCUGUCCUGCUGUCCCUCACUGUGUUCCUGCUCGUUAUCACAGAGACCAUCCCCUCAACGUCACUUGUCAUCCCUCUGAUCGGAGAGUACCUGCUCUUCACGAUGAUCUUCGUCACACUCAGCAUCGUCAUCACUGUGUUCGUGCUAAACGUGCACUACCGCACGCCGAUGACCCACACCAUGCCGUGCUGGGUGCGGUCAGUGUUUCUCAAAGUGCUGCCGAGGAUUAUGCUGAUGCGUAGGCCGGUUGAUGAGGAGGGUAAGGUCGGGUGGUUGAACAGCAGUGGGGAAGCAGGAGGAGCUGGAGGGGGAGGAGGAGGCGGAGGAGGAAAAGGAAGGAAGAAGCAGAACAGCUUGAUGCAGCAGGUUGGAGGUGGAUCCCUCAACUGUCUGGAGGUUGGUGGAGAAAGUACGCUCUCGGCCGUGGAGGGCUGCACUGGCAAGAAAUGUCCCUGCCCCUGCCAGCAUAUGAGGGAGACCCCAGAGACACCAGAGUCUGGAAAGAUGCCUCAUCAGCUGAGUCCACAGAACAUAAACACAGUGAUGGCCUUCUCUGUGCUAUCACCUGAGAUCAAACAGGCCAUCGAAAGCGUCAAGUACAUAGCUGAGAACAUGAGGAGCCGAAACAGGGCUAAAGAGGUGGAAGACGAUUGGAAGUACGUGGCUAUGGUCAUUGACAGAAUCUUCCUCUGGGUCUUUGUGACGGUGUGCGUCCUGGGAACCAUGGGCCUGUUUAUCCAGCCCCUUUUUGGUUUCGUCUCUUAAUCACUGUAAAACUCAGGUUUCUCAGCAUCAUUGUAACAACCAACACCAACAAAACUGUCAUUUCUCAGUUAGCUAAUUAAAGGUUGUAGUUCUGAGUCCUAAAGCACCACUGGAUGUGCUGCUUUCUCUCAAUAAAAAUCUAGCAAAGUUGAAA